AUGGUGCGCGCUGAAGUGUUCUACGACACCGUGCAGAGUGGGGGCCGAAAGACCUCGACACUGCUCGUGUCAGCGGCGGCUUGCCCACGGAGUCAGGUUUGGCCUCAUUUCCUGGACACGCCACAAAUCCGCCUCGAGGCACGCAACAGAGCCUUCGCAGACUUUUCAAGCUUCCUCGAGAACAAGGAUCUAGCGAAGCAAGCAGGUCACGAUGCCGAUAGUGCACUGGACUUAGCGUACAACGCGGAGAUUCAAACAUUUCGCGCAGACGAGAAGGUAGAGGACUCUGAGGAGCAGGUCGAGGCGGCUGAGGGAUGGGAGGAGUACGAGCUGUCCUUGCUUGCUCUUCUGGCUCUGACGAUGGUGGGGACAGCCGGAUGGCUGUACAAUCAGUAUCAGAGAUGGCUCGGUCUCAAGAAGGCAAUGGCGGAACAUCACAACAGGCAGUGA